AUGUCUUUCCGGCCGCCCACCCUGAGGCAGUCGCACACAGUCGACUACUCCUCGGGGGUCAACCGGCAGGCAUCCACAACAUCAUCAUCCGCGUCGUCAGGCUACUCCAACAGCUCCGACUACAGCCGAAACAGCUCCCACUUUUCGACGAACACGAGUCCGGCCGGCUCGCCGUACCUCCUCCACAAGCGUGGCCAGAGUGACCUGGGUCGACCACAACCACUCGACCUCUCCGACAGAAAUGGAAGCCCGAGAAAAUCUAACGCUCAGGACAACCUGUACGCCACCAUGAGGCAGUCAUUGAGGCCUCUACCUCAAGCACCCGCACAGAGCCCGACAGCGGCGGCGGCGCCCUCGCCUCCCCCUCGACGUUCGCUAUAUCAGCACGACCGCGCCUCGAGCGUCGAUAUCGGAAAGCCUGCCGUACUUCCGUCCCCUCCUCGUCACUCACUCGGCCUGCGCGAUCGUGGACAGACUUUUCAUGGCGGAGAGACUGCCAUCACACCCACUCCUUCGCCAACCCGCCAUCCACUCGGUCAACGUGAUCGUGGACAAACUUUCCACGGCGGACAUCUAGCCACCCCCUCACCGCCCCGCCAUUCCUACCAUCAGCAUGAGAGGGGUCAGAGCGUUGACGUGACGCUGCCGGCUCUGUCUCCGGGCCAUCGAAGUACCCUUCAACGACACGAGCGCGGGCUAAGCGUCGACAUGGGAAAAAUGGCCAUAUCGAAUCAAGAGAGAAGGACGCCGACCACACCUCCUCGGCCGUUGCCAUUGCGCCCCAACUCGAUGCUCCUCACACGAUCGGAUUCCAUUAGGGAUAGCAUCGGGAUCCCCCCUCAUUCCUCUGCUCAAUUGGUCCACCAUACUACGACUCACCUCGCAAAGCCCGAUCUCGAAAAGCUAGGCCGCUCCGCUACGAGCCAGCUCAGGACUCUGUCCACGCUUGCCCAGUCGGAGUCCGCCGAGGACUUUGCGAUCACCUCCCCUGACCAGCAGGUCGUUGGUCUUCGAGGUCGGCGUCGACUCCAGAGGGUGGGAAAACCAAAUGGCAAUAGACCUGGUGCCGGAAGUGGAGGAUACGGAUGGGAGGGGCGGAACUGGAUGGACAAACAGCGGCAGUUCCUCCAGGCAUACGAGUACCUUUGCCACAUCGGAGAAGCUAAGGAGUGGAUCGAGGACGUGAUGAACAAGAACCUUCCUCCCAUCGUCGAGCUUGAGGAGGCGCUGAGAGACGGUGUGACCUUGGCGGAAGUGGUCGAAGCGCUUAAUCCUGACAGGAGAUACCGCAUCUUCCGACACCCUCGACUCCAAUUCAGGCACUCGGACAAUAUUGCCAUCUUCUUCCGCUACCUUGACGAGGUUGACCUUCCGGAUCUUUUUAGAUUCGAGCUGAUUGAUCUGUAUGAGAAGAAGAACAUCCCCAAGGUCAUCUACUGUAUCCACGCCCUGAGUUGGCUGCUGUUCAGGAAGGGGAUUGUCGACUUCCGCAUCGGAAACCUCCUGGGACAACUAGAGUUCGAGCACCAUGAACUCGAGGCGAUGCAAAAGGGCCUUGACAAGCUUGGAGCAAGUAUGCCAAGCUUCGGCAAUAUGGGCGCCGAUUUUGGCGUCGAGCCGGAGCCGGAGCCUGAGGAGACGGAAGAGGAAAGAAUAGAGAGAGAGCUGGCGGAGAACGAGGCCAUGAUCGUUGACCUACAGGCACAGAUCCGAGGCGCCAUGAAGAGGAUGGAGCUAGGCAAGGUCAUGCAAGGACUGUGGGAUAGCGAGGACUGGCUGAUCGACCUUCAGUCCCGGAUCAGGGGUGAUUUCACGAGACAGAUUGUUGGUUAUCGAAUGGAAAUGAGGAGAUUCGCCGUCAAUCUGCAGAGCGCUGCUCGGGGAUUCCUAGUUCGCCAACGACUUGCAAACACGGAACAUUUCUGGAAGAGCUUGGAGCCCGACAUCCUCGAACUGCAGAGCAUGAUACGGGCGGCGAAGGUGCGGAACAAGGUAUGCGGCGUACGAUCUCAGCUGGUGCGACACGACGGGCCUGUUCGAGACGUCCAGGCGCUGGUUAGGGGCUUCUUGGUCCGCAAAGCUCGGGCCGCUCAGCAGCAAGAGACGGCGCACACGGCGGGUUCGGUAGCGAACCUCCAGUCCGCCAUCAGGGGAAUGCAGCUGAGGGCAAGAGUCGCAGAGGACGAGAGGCUCCUGCGCGGACAGGCCGAGGCCGUGACUGCCUUGCAGGCCUUUGCGAGGGCGGCGCUGACAAGAAACCAGAUCUCACUUCAGCAAGAACAUCUCGAGUCGUUUAACCCCGAUUGGGAGGCGCUGCAGGCUGCCGCUCAGGGAUCGCUCGUCCGAUCGCGUCUCGACGCGCUUAGGAACGAACUCAAGUGCUACAGCCCUCAGGUCACCCUUCUUCAAAGUUUCGUGCGCGCGGGCGCUGUGAGACAGGCCAUCGCGAAGGACUUGGACGCCUUGCACGAGAAUGAAGCAAGCAUCAUCGAGCUCCAGUCUCUCAUCCGCGGCAUGCUUGUGCGUCAGCAGCGACGAGCCGAUCAAGAAGCGCUCAUUCGACAAGAACCCAAGAUUCGCGCUUUGCAGGCUCGCAUUCGAGGUUACCUGUUCCGUCAACAAAACGCAAGGUUCCUUGAGGAGCUUCAAUCCCACACUCCGGAGAUUAUCCAACUUCAGGCAUUCGCUCGGGCCGUGCUCCUCAGGGCCGAGAUUGACGGUAUACUGUCCGAACUAGAAGAGGCUGAGGAUUCGAUCAUUGCAUUCCAGGCGCACGCCAAGGGCUUUAUUGUGCGAAAGAAGUUUGAGGAGAAGAGGCGCUACUUCAACGAGAACAUGCAAAAGGUCGUCAAGAUUCAGAGCUUCGUCCGUGCCAAGAUCCAAGGAGAGGCUUACAAGAGCCUGACCACGGGCAAGAACCCGCCCGUCAACGCCGUCAAGAACUUUGUCCACCUACUCAACGAUAGCGAUUUCGACUUUAACGAGGAGGUCGAGUUCGAGCGGAUGCGCAAGACGGUGGUGCAGCAGGUCCGACAGAACGAGAUGGUGGAGCAGUACAUCGACCAGCUCGACAUCAAGAUUGCGCUGCUCGUGAAGAACAAGAUCACCCUCGACGAGGUGGUGCGCCACCAGCACACUUUCGGCGGGCACGCCGUGAGCAUGAUCGCCAACUCGUCCAUCGCGUCGGCGAAUCAGUUCGAUCUCAAGGCGCUCAACAAGAGCUCGAGGAAGAAGCUCGAGCUGUACCAGCAGCUGUUCUUCAACCUGCAGACGCAGCCUCAGUACCUCGCGCGCCUGUUCAGGAGGGUGCGAGAGCAGGGCAUGGCGGAAAAGGAGUGCAAGAGGACGGAGCUGCUUGUGAUGAGCCUGUUCGGGUAUGCGCAGAAGAGAAGAGAGGAGUACUAUCUUCUCAAGCUCAUCUCGAGGGCGAUCCGCGAGGAGGUGGAGGGCUGCAGGGCGGUGCAAGAUUACAUCCGCGGCAACUUCUUCUGGAGCAAGCUUGUGGCGAACUACACGCGCUCGCCCAGAGAUAGGAAGUACCUUCGGGACUUGCUGGGUCCCCUGAUCCGAGACAACAUUGUCGAGGACCCGGCGCUCGACCUCGAGAGCGACCCCAUGCAUAUUUACCGGUCUGCCAUCAACAACGAGGAACUGCGCACAGGCCGACCGAGCCGCCGACCGCUAGAUGUCCCCCGUGAGGUGGCGAUCAAGGACCCCGAGACGAGGGAGCUCUUUAUCGACCACCUUCGAGACCUCCGAGAAGUCUGCGACCAAUACCUCGCCGCUUUCGAGGACCUCAUGCCCAAGCUUCCCUAUGGGCUCCGGUUCCUCUGCAGGAGCACGUUUGAGUCUCUCUGCCAGCAAUUCCCUCGGGAGCCCCAGCACCAGAUCCUCUUUGUCGUCUCCCACUGGCUCUGGAGGUUCUAUCUCCAGCCCGCCCUCACGGCGCCGGAGACUAUGGGUGUUAUCGAGCGUCAACUCAGCCCCCUUCAGAAGCGCAACCUCAGCGAGGUGGCGAAGGUGCUGAACCAGGUCGCGUCUGGCAGGCUCUUCGGCGGCGAGAACAUUUACCUACAACCGCUCAACGCCUUUGUCGGAGACUCCAUCGAGAGGCUCGGACACCUCAUGGGAGAGCUCAUCUCGGUGGCCGAUGCCGAGGCCACGUUUGACAUCGACGAGUUCAACGAUCUCUACGCCAAGAACAAGCCAACUCUCUACAUCAAGAUGGCGGACGUUUUCGCCAUCCACAACCUCGUCGCCUCGGAACUCCAGCACAUUUGCCCCAACCGCGACGACGUGGUGCGCGAGAUCAUGCAGGAGCUCGGCAGCGCCAAGAGUAACGAGAACGAGAUGACAGCGACGGGCUCCUCGGAUAUCCAGAUGUUCCUAACGCCCAAGCUACACGACGUCGAGGACCCGGACGCCGAGGUCAAAGCGCUCUUCAUGGAGACGAAGCGCUGCGUGCUCUACAUCAUCCGUGUGCAGCAAGGGCUCAGCCUCCUGGACAUCCUCAUCAAGCCCAUCACGGCCGAGGACGAAGUAAAAUGGCGGGCGCUCCUGCGCGAGGAGUUCUCGGCGGCGAACCGCACGCGCGGCGCGUACUCGGAUGCUAACAUGAUCGACGUCACGCGCAUGACGUACCACGAGCUCAAGCGGUCGGCGCUGGAGAACGUGCUCCGGCUCGAGCACAUGGGCCGCAUCUCCAAACACAACAAGUACCAGGAUAUUCUUAACGCGAUCGCCCUGGACAUUCGGACGAAGAGCAGAAGGAGGGUGCAGAGGCAGAGGGAGCUCGAGGGGGUGAGGCUCACGUUGGCGAAUUUGCAUGAGAAGGCGAAGUAUUUGGAGCAGCAGCGGAAGAGCUAUGAUGAUUAUAUCGAGUCUGCAAUGGCGACGCUGCAGAAUAAGAAGGGCAAGAAGAGAUUCCUCCUACCAUUCACAAAACAAUACAACCACCAGCGCGAACUAGAGCGCAGCGGCCGGGUCCCCAAAUUCGGCAGCUACAAGUACAGCGUGCGCGACCUCAUGGAGAAGGGCGCCGUGGUGUCGUGGAAGGGCGUCAGCGACCGCGACUGGGACAAGAUCAACCUGACGAUCUCGUGCGACGAGGUAGGCGUGUUCGCCAUCGAGGGCUCGCGAGGACACAUCCAGAUCCCCGGGGCCAGCGCGCUGGUGCCCAUCGAGGACCUGCUGCAGGCGCAGUUCGAGGCGAGGCAGUUUAUGGACUUGUUUGAGGGGAAUUUGAGGAUGAAUGUGAAUUUGAUCUUGCAUCUUCUUUAUAAGAAGUUUUACAGGACGCAGUAG